AGGUGAUCAGCAGCAGCUGGCGGCUUCAAGGCGAAUAUCUGGAGGAAACGAGCAGAAAACAGGAAGACUGGAAGAUCUGAUGAAAGACUCAGCCUCUCCUCUGACCAGAACCUGAACCAGAACCAGCUGUGGUAAAAUGGCGUCCAGCUGUGCUGACCCGCCCAUCCUGACGGAACAAGAGGAGUUACAGAGGAGAGCCAACCAGGUCACAGAUGAGUCCCUGGAAAGCACCAGACGGAUGGUUCAAUUGGUGGAAGAGAGCAAAGACCUGGGGAUCAGAACUGUGGUGAUGCUAGAUGAACAAGGAGAGCAACUGGAGCGGAUAGAGGAAGGCUUGGAUCAGAUCAACUCUGACAUGAAGGAGGCGGAGAAAAACCUGACUGACCUGGGGAAGUGCUGUGGUCUCUGCAGCUGUGAGAAACUGAAAGCCUUUGAGGAGAGCAGGGCGUACAAGGCAGUUUGGGGCGGAGCCUCCAAUCAGGAUGGGGUUAUAGCCAAUCAGCCUCCAACGUCUCGGGUCGUCGACCAGCGAGAGCAGAUGAUGAUGAGUGGAGGACACAUCCGCAGGGUGAUGGACGACGCCCGAGAGGAUGAGAUGGAGGAGAACCUGGCUCACGUGGGGAGCAUCAUGGGAAAUCUGAAAAGUAUGGCUCUGGACAUCGGCAAUGAGCUGGAGUCACAGAAAGAUCAGAUUCACCGCAUUACGGAGGCGGCCAACGUGAAUGUCUCCCGCAUCAACGCCGCCAACCAGAAAGCUAACAACCUCAUGAGGCGAUAGAACAGACCAGCCGACCUGAUUAGAGUCCUGAGCAGACAGCAAAAGAGGAACCUCUGACGUUGUUCUCUUUAUUUAUUUUCAAUUCUUUAGUGACCAGAAGUGCUUUAAUCUGACUGCAGGUUUUCUUUUAAUCACUUCACUUUUCCCCCUAUGAAGCAUCCUCAGGUCCCCACAGCAGCACCGCUAACAGCAACCGACACAAGCUGAUCAGGCUUCAUGAGGGUUCCUUAUUUUGGGAAAUGAAUAUUUUUUUUCUGUUUAGAACAUCAUAGAAGCAGGAACAGCUGCUGAUAUUCCCAGAAACCAGUCCAUUCACCAGUUUGGCCAGUACCCGUCAACCCUCCCCCUCCUCAGCUCUUUCUACUGCCUCUCAUGUUCCUGACUGGCUGGAAACACGUGUGCCAUGGCGCCCUCUUCCGGGGUUGCCGGGCAUUGCACCCAGGAGGGAAACACGCAUUUGUUCUCAGAGAAAGAUCAUUGGAGCCCCCAAGCGGCCGAAUAUGGAACUGCUCCUUGCCGGUCACUCCAUCUUCUUUCCUCCCCCUGCAUCUUCUGAAAUGGAAGUGAAACAACAAAGCGCUCCACAUUAAUGAGUCAUGGUAGGAGAAACUAAACGUGUCACCAAAAGAAAAUACCAAAAAGUAGAAUAUUAUUAUUACUUGAAAUAUUAAAUGUUUAAUUGUUUGGUUGUAUCAGAAACAAUGGGCAACCUCUUUGUUUCAUGUUUUUAUUUGUUUUUAUAAUGAAUUUAGGAUUGUAAGGUUAAAAUGAAAGGAUGCUUUAUUUGCUCAGAAUUAGAAAAUCUUUAGGUCGUAAACAAAAAUCCUAAUGUCUUUCAUUAAACCCACAAAAUGUAUUGAAUUCGACAUGAAUAUAAGUUUGAUUUCAACUUCGUAAACCUCUAUAACGCUACCUUUAUUUUUUAUAUUUAUGCUUACAGUAGCAGGGUAAUGUUUAUUCAUCUUUGUUACUUUGAUUCGUUUCCCUCAUAUUGACAAUUAAUUGUACUGUCACCCAAGCAUGACGUCAUUUAAAGACAACUUUAUCUCAGACUCACUUCAGACAAAGAAAGCUAAUUGUGAUGUUCUGUAACUAAAAUAAAACAAGUUCUCCACUGAAA